UGAAAUAUAUGAUCAUUGUGAGAAACAAGUUGAUGGCGUCCUCAUUUUGUCUGGGUACAGUCGCAGAUUUCGUAUUGUGGCAAGUGGCAUUUGAUCAGAAGACAGUGGACUUGAACUACUAUAGCCGUGUUAUGUGUGGAAGUUUUGGCGUUUCUCGUUAAAUUUUUCGGUGUGUUUUUGUAAUACCAUUUUCAUAUUUCUUGAUUUGCGAAGAUUGUGCGAAUAAUUGGCGUAUUUUCUUGAAUCCACAUGUAAGUGCGAUUUUUGUAAACAGAAACGACACAACUGACUUCGACAUGGACAACUUUGAAGAAUAUCCGUUCAUUUUCAUGAAUACUCCGGCAUCUCUGCAGAUCUUGGCGUCAACUGAAGUGGCAUUGAUGCUUUGGCGAGAUAAGUUUGCAAAUUCGCAUCAUUCAUACGCAAACUUGGAUUCAUUUUUGAAGCCAAAAUUCAGCUGCGAAGAAAUCCUCGUUUCACAGGUCCCAUCACGCAUCACAGCUCAAAUAGACGAACAAAUUGACGCCAUUCUCGAAGAAAUGAAAAACUGGAUAGAUUUUCAUUCAGAUCGGUAUUUGUUCGACGGCGAUUUUCGCGAAGCAUUUUCCAAGUGUAUAAAACACAUUGUCGUCGAUUUUUCAAGUUCCAUUGAUUAUAAAGCGACUGCCGUAAAUAUUUUAAAUGCCAGAGAAUUCAGUGAUGUGAAGAAUUAUAAAAUAGCUUGUACGUUUUGCUUAGAAGAUCACGUUAGACAGUUUUGGCCUUUGGUGGCAAAUGAUAAGCGAAUCGAAGUAAAUCAUUAUGAUUGCGACGUAUGGAAUCUAUCUUACUGGAAUGAAUGUAUGAAAUUCGGGAAAGAUUUGACCAACGAUGCCGAGUUGGUUAAAAGACAAAUGAAGGUGGCCCUGAGAUGGGAAAUUAAAGAAACAGGGUUCGAUGAUGUUUUUGAAAGUCUACCCUACCAUGAAAGCGUAUCGCGAACUAUUUCAUUUCUAUGGUAUCCUAAAGGCUUACCAGCGAUACGUUCACUACCAUUGAACCGAGUCCAAGUAGAAGAAUUAUUCAAAGAGGAUACCACUGCAAUUUUUCAAGUUUUGUUGAGCAAUGGGAAUUAUUUCCAGUACGCGUACCAGAUGUGGAUUCUUACGAAACAUAUAAUCUUGGAAAAUUUAUCGAGAUUCGAAUCGGUCAUAAACAUUUUGUUAUUAAUGGCAUUCCAUCCUCACCCCAGAAAUGGUCUGAUUGUCAAUCGAUGGUAUCAAAGCAACAAUUUGCUGUUGGAAAUAUGGUCGGAUAUUCCAAACGAAUUAAAAGUUCACGUUUCGGAAGUCUUUCUGUGCGAAGAGUUCCAUUACUUCUGGCGUUUGAAACCAAGAGAAUUCUCUAGUUAUUACGGUCGUGAUAUGACAUUUUUUGUAGAAUUUCUAACGCUUAACAAAUCCCAUAAUGAGUACAAUGAAAGGCUAUGGCGAGAUAAUUGGCAUAAAUUGGCAUUACGUACGAAGCCUUCGUGUUUUGAACAUUUGAUGAGAUUGUGUCUAUCGAAUAACGACGACAUCGAGAUUUUCAAAAACCGUUUUAGGGAGUUCAACGAUCUUUUCAGGUUGUUGAUGCAGGAAGGAUUUUAUUCGGACUUGAAAGAUUAUUUGAUAUUGUGUUCGAAGGAUGUAGAACAGUUUCAACAGCUGGGUGAAAAAGUGAUCGGUUCGAAUUUAGAUGUUGUUUUACUCCACGAUGACGAUAAAUUCGCUAAAUUCGACUGGUUCGUCGACCAAUUAGUAUUUUCGAACGUGAAAAAGGAUGCGGAUGACUUCAAAUUGCAGCUGAUCUCGUCAUUUAAAGGUUUACAAGGUUUGAUCAUAACGCAUCAUGCCUGCGGAAGUCCUUCGGAUUAUUUCAGUACAGCAGUGAACCGAUUUAUUGAUGCCAAUGAAGAGGAGUUGAAUCUAGUGAAACUUAAAUUAUCAGCAUUUUGUCGUUGUUAUCCAAUUGACAGCGAAUGGAAGGAGUACUCUUGGCUAGAAUUUGUCAAAUGGUGUAUUACCAAUGGACCGCAAAUUUCAGUCUCCAGGCAGUCUAUAAAUAUUGACGUGACUUUCGAUAUAGGCAUACGUUGUCACCUGCAUCGUGUGGGUUGUGACCACUUAGAAUUUCUAGACCGAUUGCUGAAGUGGUAUUUUGCAAACGACGAAGGCAAGAGAAAUUUCAAAUUGGAUAAAAUAAAAAACCACCAACAAUUUCCUCUUUUGAGUUAUAGAAUGACGAGUGAUUACGAUUUGUUGAAAUGGUUUUUUGAAGGUGAUAACGAAAAUUUACGUACAUUUUGCGAAACUAUUUGUUAUUGCCCGCAUUAUUGUUUUAUGCGUAACAAACUGGCUCGUUAGCGACUAUUCCCCAUUCCAAUAAAAAUCUAGCCUAGUGGUCUAUGUCUAGUCUACCUAUGUGUUCUUCAUUGAGUAAUCUACGUUAUUGAAGUUGUUCGUUUUAUAAUUUUAUUUUGUUGUGUAGAUGGUUUUGUAAUUUUGUAAUUUUCCAAUUUAUGUAAUUAUAUAAUUGAGAU